AUGUGCGGGGAAAUUGUUAUAUUAAUAAUAAUAAACACCGCUUUAUAUAUUUUUAUUUGUCCACAGACAUUUCGGCAUGGGUUCCCGUUCUCACCAACGGCGCUCGCUUGGGACCCGAUACAGAAGCUUCUAGCAAUCGGCGACAAAAGUGGAAACCUCAGAAUACUCGGAGGUCCAGGCGUCGACGCGCACGUACGACACGAAGCUGGAGAGGUGGUACUUCACGUCAAGUUCUUGGUGAACGAAGGUGGACUGGUGACUGCCACAGCCGACGAUCAGCUCCAUCUAUGGACGUUUCGACAGAAAUCACCACAGCGGGUGCAGUCACUUAAGUUUCAAAGAGAACGGAUCACGAGUCUUCACCUACCGCUAUCUUCAAAGUGGCUGCACGUUGGCACGGAACGAGGAAAUGUGCACGUGGUCAACAUAGAGACCUUUGCCCUUAGCGGAUACGUCAUCAACUGGAAUAAAGCCAUAGAAGUAACACGACCAAACCACCCCGGAGCAGUAGUUGAACUUAUUGAUAAUCCUUUAGAUGCUAUUGCUAAUAGCCUUCGAGAGCGGUUUGGUAGUAGUGUGGGAUUUGAGAACUCGCGCCGCGGAAUGGAGGGGUUGUUUAGGUACGGGGGGGGCCCGGGGGAGGCUAUUCGGGCAGCUGCCUGGCAACACGAUGGCAAGCUGAUGACGGCUCAUGCGGACGGAGCACUCGCCACUUGGACGACCAGAUCCCCGCGACCGUCCUCACUGUCAUACCCACACGCAAAAGCCAACAAAGAGGGCAAACUAGAGACCUGCAAACCUAUUCACCGAUUGGAAUGGAAAACUUCGAGGACAGGCGAGAGUCUAGUAAUAUUUUCUGGGGGACUGCCGACGGACAAAGCCGGUCGUACGCACAGCAUCACCGUUCUCAAUGGAAAGAGUACCACCGUGUUGGAGAUGGAGCACAGCGUCGUUGACUUUGUCACUCUUUGUGAGAGUCCACACGCUGCUGAUUACCAAGAACCGUACGCAAUAGUAGUACUUUUACAAAAUGACCUGGUGGUUAUAGACUUGCAGUCACCAGGGUACCCAUGCUUUGAAAAUCCCUAUCCCAUGGAUAUCCACGAAUCUCCUGUUACUUGCUGUUCAUACUUCGCCGACUGUCCCUCUGAUUUGAUACCAGCCUUUUACUCAGUAGGUCGGCAAGGGAACAAAAAGGCGGCAGGUUUUAGUGAGAAGCUGUGGCCCAUAGACGGGGGAGAGUGGGCACCAGCCUCGUGUUCCUACAGUGAAAUUAUACUUACUGGCCACGCAGACGGUAGUGUAAAAUUUUGGGACGCAAGCGCGGGAACACUACAGAUUUUAUACAAAUUAAAAUGUGCUAAAGUAUUCGAGCGACGCACAAAUAGUGGUAGUGGAAGUGGAGUGAGCGUUUUGUGCGGCGAGGAGGACAGUCCUUUGAGUAUCCAACACAUGGCUCUAUGUGCCGAAUCGCGACGGCUGUGUGUAGCCCUCCCACAUGGACACGUUCUGCUCUUCAAAUUUCGGAAGCAGGAACUCAUGGCGCAGACGCACGUAUUGGAGAUACCUGUGAUAAGUGAUGCAGUGGAGGAAGAGACAUCACCAGACGCAGACGGCGCCAGGUCCGCGUCCUGUGGGCGGACGGACGAGGGCGAUACGCGACGGCAAACUGGUUCCUGGUGCGGUACCGGCAGCGUGCGUGUACGAGGCAGUUCGGGUACGGGCGGUGUUCGGCGUGCUCCUGGUUUUCAACCUACCCUCGUCGCGCUUCAGCAAGGCCCACCGCAUCCUCUAUCAGUUCUCACUAUUAACUCUUCAUACGGACUAAUAGCCUGGGGUGGCGAGCGAGGCAUAGUCGUAGUGGAUAUGUGGCGGCGCGUCGUGGUAGCAGCGCUGCCUGCGCAUGCGCUGUAUCUACCUGAACCCACGUUACGUCACGAAAAACACGAUCGCCACGAUAGGCGGUCACCCGACCUCGAUCAGCUGGAGGAGUCACCGGCGAGCCCGGAGCCCGCAGAAGAAGCUCUGCCCGAUCCCAAACUCGACAUGAGGCGUAAAUCCACACCUUGGAAAACUUUUAAUCUGAAACGACAACUCUCUAAAGUCGAUUUAAAGCUAAAAGCGGCAUUCGCUCCGGUCGACAACGACGAGCUCAGCGAGAAGAGUAACUCUCAGUUUUACUGCGAACCAGUUGAAAAGCUAGAAAAUGACGUGAAAAACCCUUCAGACCAUACUAACGACUCGCCCGACGGUGACGAACUUAUCGAGAAACUAUCAGAAGACGAUAAAAAUCAGCUAUCAUCACCUUUGCGAGUCUGUUCAGAUGUCUUUGAAAGAAUGCACAAAGAACUGCAAGAGAAACGGUCGUCCGAUGUCUACGACAGAAUGCAUAAAGAGCUGCAGGAACGGUGGCAAGAUAAAGAUCGACAGGAAUCGUCGCCAGAUGUGUCCCCGUCGAAACUCGGCGACGACGAGAAGGCAGUCCGACCUGAUAACCUUCCUCUGUUCGACGACGAAGGUAAACCGACGAGGCCGCCUAGACAAAAGAGUAAAAAGAAAGAGGAUCUACGAGACCAAAGGCUGCUAUCCGUCCCGAACAUAAAGUAUAGUAAACAGGAAUCUGUAAAAGACUUGCGGAAGAAGCAACCCGCCCAGCAGGGGCAGUCGUUCGCCGGAAACCUGAUGCGACGUUUCAGAGAUUUUGUAGCGAGACUUUGUACGAGAAACGAACAGAACGUUGAGGAGGAAACGAACGAAGAAGUCAUUCAAGUGCCCAACAGAAUAGGUAUGCAUUCAGACCACAGAGUAACGACUACUAACGGGCGACGAACUUCACGCCUCACUAAUCUCUAUCGUACUUUCAUCACGGAAGGCACACGAACCUUAACUCUUAUGUCGCGCCGUGUCAUCGAGGGCUAA